CAACCGGUCGGCAUUGAAGUACGCACCGGUCACAUCAUGUCGAAGCAUCUUCGCUUCAUCGCGCGGACAAUUAUGGUCCAGGACGGCAACGUUGAUGCGGCCUACAAGACUUUAAACAGGGUCCUGACUCAGGAUGGAAUCAUAGAGUCGGUGAAACGCAAGCGCUAUUUCGAGAAGCCGUGCCGAGAGCGGCAGCGGAAGAGCUACGAGAACUGCAAGCGGAUCUACAACACGGAAAUGGCCAGGAAAAUAGCCUUCAUCUCUCAGACAAACCGGGCGGAUCCCUGGCUCGGCUGCUAGUGGUGUGAUGGGACAGGAUCUUAUGGAUGGACUUGUUGAGAGCAAAAUACAAGAGCCCAUUAAGACCAACACAGUGUCACCGUCACAUCUGAAUGGACUUUGAGCUUUGUUUGAAAAGACAAAUCCUUUUUUUAGAUGUGGAUUUAUUGUCAAGUCAACGUUGGACAUUUUUUUUCAUCCACAUAAUCUGACGUGAAAAGUGCUCAAACUCGUUCUUGGUUGUCAUGUGAUGACUAGUGACUCCUAGGUUGAUGACAUGUUGUGCUCUGAAUAUUUACCACACAAUUGUGUCAAUAAAAAAGCUAAUAAACAUGUAA